GAAAAGGGUUUUUGCCUCCGUGGCCAAACACCUCGGAAGCUUUGCUCUUAUUCCGGGUUAGGGUUAACUCUUUGGCAAUCACAGAUUCUCCUUGGCGCCAACUAAAACCUUGGAAAUCAAGUCUCUCUCAGUACAAACUACAAACAGAGUUUCUGUUCAUUAGAGGAGAAAGAAAUGGGUUGCCAAACCGCUGCAACCAAUGAUCGUUCAAGGACAUAUUGGACACCAGCCAUGGAACGCUACUUUAUUGAUCUUAUGUUGGAGCAAAUGCAUAGAGGAACUAGGAGUGGCCAUACUUUCAACAAGCAGGCCUGGACAGACAUGCUCACUAUGUUCAAUGGAAAAUUUGAUUCUCAUUAUGAUAAAGAUGUUUUGAAAAGCCGAUAUACAAGUUUGUGGAAGCAAUUCAAUGAUGUGAAGAAUAUUCUUGGCCAGAGUGGGUUUUCUUGGGAUGAAGCUUGUCAAAUGGUGGUAGCUGAUGAUUACAUAUGGGAUGCUUACAUCAAGGUUCACCCGGAUGCACGACCGUACAAAACUAAAGCAGUCUUGAAUUUUAGUGAUUUGUGCCUCAUUUAUGGGUAUACAACUGCUGAUGGAAGAUACAGUCGAUCAAGCCAUGACUUAGACUUUGAUGAUGAAGUUCAAGGAGUAGCCAUGGGUGAUGGAAUGGGCACCCUUGCUCCUUCAAGUAGUGAGCGUCCAAGGACAGAUUGGUCACCAGCCAUGGAUCAAUAUUUCGUCGACCUUAUGCUGGACCAAGUAGGAAGGGGCAAUAAGACUGAUAAUACAUUCAACAAGAAAGCCUGGACAGAUAUGCUUGCUAAAUUUAAUGAAGAAUUUGGACCUCAACAUGGCAAACGGGUUUUAAGACAUCGAUACAAGAAAUUGUUGAAAUACUACAGUGAUGCAGCAACUUUACUAAGAAAAAAUGAUUUUUCCUGGGAUGAAAAGCGGAAUAUGAUUGUAGCUGAUGAUGAUGUUUGGGAUGCUUAUACAAAGGCACACCCUCACUCACGGACAUAUAGAACAAAAACCUUGCCAAACUACUAUGACAUGUUCCUAAUAUUUGGAAGUGAACCUGAUCUUGGCAUCGACAAUCAUUUGCAUCCACAGAAAGACGUUGAUGACAUAUCAAAAGUCAAAGUUGGGGAAGGAAAAGGGGGCCAGACCCCAACUGUCAGUGAUCGUACAAGGACAUAUUGGACACCACCAAUGGACCGCUAUCUCAUUGAUUUGUUACUAGACCAGGUGCAUAGAGGAAAUAAACUAGGGCAAACAUUCAUUACUCGGGCGUGGAUUGACAUGGUUACAUCUUUCAAUGCUCGAUUCAGAUCUCACCAUGACAAAGAUGUUCUGAAGAACCGGUACAAACAUUUGCGAAGGCAGUACAAUGACAUCAAGAAUCUUCUUGAACAUGGCGGGUUUUUGUGGGAUGAAUCACGAGAAAUGAUUGCAGCUGAAGAUAAUGUUUGGGAUGGUUAUGUGAAGAACCAUCCUGAUGCUCGACAAUAUAGAGUUAAAACUGUGCCAGGCUACAACAAAUUGUGUGUUAUCUUUGGAGAAGAAAAUUCCGAUGGAAGAUACAGUCGUUUGGCAUGCAAUUCAGAUCCUUGCGGUGAACUACCAUUUUUAAUGACUGGUGAGGAGAAGAAUGACCAGUCUCACACUGGGGUUCCUCUGAGGAUGGAUUGGACACCAGCAAUGGACCGUUAUUUUAUUGAUCUUAUGUUGGAUCAGCUACAUCAAGGAAAUAAGAUAGAUCACACAUUCAAUGAGCAAGCAUGGGCUCACAUGCUUGAAUCAUUUAAUAUGAAAUUUGGACUUCAAUGUGAUAAAUAUGUCCUAGAAGAUCGAUAUUUAUGCUUGGUGAAACAGCAUGACUACAUCAGCAUUCUUCUCAAUCACAGUGGAUUUAUGUGGGAUGAAAGUCAACAAAUGAUAACCGCUGACAAUGACACUUGGGAAGCCUACAUCAAGGAACACCCAGAUGCUAUCCAAUACAGAAAUGCAUUUUUAGGUAGCUAUAGUGAUUUGAGCAAGAUUUUUAUAAAUACAGAAUUAGACGGAAAAUUCAGUGGUCAGGGUGUGGGAAUGGAAGCUGGCCUCGUUGCCUUGGAAAUAGAGAUGGAUAGAGCAUCCGGAGAUCUGCAAUUAUUAGCUGAGGACAUUGAAAUGUCUGAUCAACAGAGAAAGCGGCCAACUGUGAUGCCAUCGAACUCGGGACGUUCUACAAAAGCACAGAAAACAGACAAGGAUAUGCAAAAGGCUCUUGCAGAGAUGGCAGGUCUGGUUACAAAACUGGCAAAUAAUAAAGAGGACAGUAACUACAAAUCAAUAGAAAGUGCAAUCGAUGCACUUCAAGCUAUACCAGACAUGGAUGAUGAGCUCAUGUUGGAUGCUUGUGACCUAUUAGAAGAUGAGAGAAAGGCAAAGACAUUCUUGGCCUUGGAUGCGGCACUGCGCAAGAAGUGGUUAUUAAGGAAGCUCCGGCCGCGAAAGUAGCCGUUAUGGUUUCAGUGACAUUGUCUCACAUUUUGGUUAGGUCCCCUCUUUUUUUUAUUUGUUUUCUUUUUUUCUUCUUUUUUACAUUUGGUCCCCUUCCUUGAGUAGAUUUUGAGUCUUCUGCAAUGUAAAGAGAGGGAUUAUAUAUAAGUAGGGUUCUAGUCUUUUGCAAUGUAAAAUGACUAAAUUUCUUGUCUUUCAAA